AGCUACUCAAAGUUACCCACAUGACAAGCUAUCUCCAGCAGCUGUCACAAACAAGCAAUUGAGGGUUACAAGUUUCUGUUGCAAUAUAAGCCUGCUUCGCCUGCCUUGAACUGCUCGUAGCACGACUCUCGCCAGCAAAUCCUAUGGAACGGUAACACCACGUCUCUUGUGAGCAUACCAAACAAUGGAGAAAUACAGCCAGUUUCGCGACAAAGGUACGGCCAUAGCGCCCUUUCUACCUGUUCCUCCCGCUCCAGUUAGCAUUGUUUGGACGCCGAUAUACACCUUCUUGUUCCUCUGCCGCAUACCAUUUGUCGCCUCGCUCUCGAUCCUCUACUUCGGUAUCAUCGAAUGGUUGCCUGUCGGCGGCACAAUCAAGUAUGCAGUGCUAUGGGCGCUGUUAGGUGUGACGGGAGUGUGGUGGGUGGACUUCCAGGUCGACGGCGUGAAGCGUGGACAAAUUUCAGCAGCAAAAGAGCAUCUCCCGAAGGCCGGCACAAUCAUCGCGUCCUCGUUCACGUCUCCUCUCGACCCUCUAUACCUCGCUGGUAUCUUCCAACCAAUCUUCACGCGCUCGUACCCCAAUAGCCGUAGAGUCGAACGCAUAACCCUCCUCCACGCAAUCCUUCUCGCAUUCGCACCUCCUGCUAUUGUCCCUCAAGAUGAGUCUAAGCUUGUCACUCUCGCAUCGCUCGUAGAGUCGAACCCCAACAGCAUCAUCUGUGUGUUCCCAGAAUGCACAACAACAAAUGGCCGCGGCAUCUUACCCUUGAGCCCAAGCUUGCUGAGCGCGAAAGGCGACACCAAGAUUUACCCCGUCAAUCUACGCUACACACCUCAGGACGUCACAACACCCGUCAGUGGUGGGUAUGUUAGCUGGCUGUACCAACUUCUGUCGAAGCCCUCACACCAGAUGCGUGUCCGUAUCGCAAUGCGAGUCUACAACAGUUCUAGCAUCGACUCACCAGCUAAGAGGUCCGAGAAAGCAAUCGGCACCGGGUACGACUCUAACAUCUUCGAUGCACCGGACUUGCGCAACGGCGCGAAUGGCAGCCUAGAGAGGGAAACGGGUAUGGAUGUCACCACUGGUGAGACCGAGGGCGAGGUCAGUACGCAGGAGCAGAAGGUGCUUGAUCGCGUUGCGGAAGAUUUGGCGAGGCUGGGGAGAGUGAAGAGAGUGGGAUUGGACAUUGGGGAUAAGAUUGAUUUCCUGAAGGUCUGGUUGAAGAGGAGACGAUGAGCAGACAUGGCGCCAAGUAUUAGGAGGUCGGCCCAAGGUAAAAUGUAGCGUCCAUUAACUGAUGAUGGCGAUACGGUAAAAGAGAAGUACAUACCAACCCCAUUCCACUUAGCGAGACACCCUACACAAUCCACCCGUACCGCUGCAAUAUCCACAAGCAAUAACUCUACAGACCACCCAUGGCCCGUUAAUCAUAUAUAUAUACUUUUCAAUUCAUAUGUUUUCAAC